AACGCACCUGCGCAUGCGUCAAACUACGCGAGGUGCGAGAUCUCAAGUCAGUCCGGACCGCUGUAAUGCAGAAAGGGAGAAAAAAGAAAACACAUCUGGAACUAAAGUUCGGCGGUUGUGUGUUGCACACGGACAUUUCUUUCAGACACUUUGACAGCUGUUAGAAGCAGGGCCGCGGCAGUGUACACGUCACUUCCGCUGUUGGUGUGUGGCUGUGAUCAUGGCUGCGUUCGGAGAAAUGGGAGUGAUGCCUGAAAUCGCUCAGGCUGUUGAAGAAAUGGACUGGCUGCUUCCCACUGACAUCCAAGCCGAGUCCAUUCCCCUGAUCCUCGGCGGAGGAGACGUUCUCAUGGCCGCUGAGACAGGAAGUGGAAAAACCGGGGCCUUCAGCAUCCCAGUGAUCCAGAUCGUGUACGAGACUCUGAAAGAUCAGCAGGAGGGGAAGAAAGGUCGCAGUGCUGCCGUGAAGACCGGAGGAGCAGUGUUUAAUAAAUGGCAGAUGAACCCAUACGACCGAAGCCCAGCGUUUGCUAUCGGGCCGGACGGGCUGUGCUGCCAGAGCAGAGAGUUUAAGGAGUGGCACGGCUGCAGGUCCACCCGGGCCGUGACUAAAGGAAAGUAUUACUAUGAAGUCUCCUGCCAUGACCAGGGCUUGUGCAGGAUCGGCUGGUCCACCAGUCAGGCAGCUCUGGACCUGGGUACAGACAAGUUCGGGUUUGGCUUCGGAGGGACCGGGAAGAAGUCCCAUAAUAAACAGUUUGAUAGUUAUGGAGAGGAGUUCACCAUGCACGACACCAUUGGCUGCUACAUCGACCUUGAAAAAGGCCAUAUGUCCUUCUCCAAAAACGGGAACGAUCUGGGCCUGGCGUUCGAGAUUCCCAAGAACUUGAUAAGUCAGCCGUUCUUCGCUUCCUGUGUGCUUAAGAAUGCCGAACUGAAGUUCAAUUUUGGUGGUGAACCUUUCAAAAACGCCCCCAAAGAGGGGUACAUUGCUCUGGACAAGGCACCCGAUGGCCACGUGGUCAAAACCACUCAGACUGGCAGUGCCACAGUAAGUCAGGUCAAAACCAGCUCCAGUGCCCCUAAAGCUCUAAUUGUGGAGCCGUCCAAAGAACUGGCUGAGCAGACCCUCAACAACGUCAACCAGUUCAAGAAAUACGUGGAGAAUCCCAAACUGCGUGAGUUGCUGAUCAUCGGAGGCGUGGCAGCAAAAGACCAGUUGUCUGUUUUGGAAAGCGGGGUUGAUAUCGUGGUUGGCACCCCCGGCAGGCUCGACGAUCUCAUAUCCACUGGAAAACUCGAUCUGUCCCAAGUCCGCUUCCUGGUUCUGGAUGAAUGCGACGGACUGCUUUCCGCUGGCUACACCGACUUCAUCAUGAGGGUCUACAGCAAAAUCCCCCAGGUCACCUCGGAUGGAAAGAGACUGCAGGUGAUCGUGUGCUCGGCGACCCUGCACUCGUUCGACGUGAAGAAGCUGUCAGAGAAGAUCAUGCACUUCCCUACGUGGGUGGACCUGAAAGGUGAAGACUCCGUGCCUGAGACGGUCCAUCACGUGGUGGUGCCCGUCAGCCCGAAAACCGACAAGCUCUGGGAGAAGCUGGGAAAGAACCACAUCCGGACUGAUGAAGUGCACGCGAAAGACAACACGAGACCUGGAGCAAACACUGCAGAGAUGUGGUCAGAGGCGAUCAAGAUCCUGAAAGGGGAGUACACGAUCCGUGCAAUCAAGGAGCACAAGAUGGACCAAGCCAUCAUCUUCUGCAGGACCAAGAUCGACUGCGACAACAUGGAGCAGUACCUGAUCGCUCAAGGGGGAGGUCCUGAUAAAAAAGGCCAUCAGUUUUCAUGUGUGUGUCUUCACGGAGACAGGAAGCCCAACGAGCGCAAAUACAACUUGGAGCGGUUCAAGAAAAAGGAUGUGAGGUUUCUGAUCUGCACGGACGUAGCAGCCAGAGGAAUCGACGUCCACGGCGUUCCGUACGUCAUUAACGUGACCUUGCCGGAUGAGAAGCAGAAUUACGUGCAUCGGAUCGGGAGAGUGGGCAGGGCGGAGAGGAUGGGUCUGGCCAUUUCUCUAGUGGCAAUGGAAAAGGAGAAGGUAUGGUAUCACGUUUGCCCUAACAGAGGCCGGGGUUGCUAUAACACCAGGUUAAAGGAGGAAGGAGGCUGCACUAUAUGGUACAACGAGAAAGAGCUCCUGGGAGAAAUCGAGGAACACCUGAAGUGCACCAUCACUCAGUGUGAGCACGACAUCAAAGUUCCCUUGGACGAGUUCGAUGGCAAGGUUACUUACGGUCAGCGCCGAGCUGCUGCAGGUGGACUCUAUAAGGGCCACGUGGAUAUUUUGGCCCCUACAGUACAGGAGCUGGCGAACCUGGAGCGAGAGGCUCAGACCUCCUUUCUGCAGCUCGGUUUUCUCCCUAAUCAGCUCUUUAAAGCUUUCUGAGCUUCACUUCUUCACUACUUAUGGUUUAAUGACACAUAAUUAAAAGGAAAUCAUUACGAAAUUAUGAGUUUACUUUCACAGAUGGUAAGAAAAUGUUCCGUUUAAUCACAAUAAAACAGUUACAUGCAAA